UCUCUCUGUGUCUGGUUGUUCAUUGUAGGGUUCCACUUUCCAUGUCUUUUUUUUGCCUCUUGAACUGAACAUGUCUAAAUGAAAAGAACAGAGCUCAGCAACAAAACCCCAGUGUGGCGGAACAGCAGAGCUCCGGAGGCAGAUAAUUUCCUGCAGGUUCUCUCAUCGACAUAUCAAACCUCUCCAUGUUGAAAUUUACCCCAGAGCUGAUUGUCCACAAGGGCAACAUUUUCUACCUCCUCUAUGUGGCUGGAGGACUCCUGAUGACGGUGACUGCUGGUGGUUGGUGUGUUGACAUGGCUGUAAUGAAGGCCUAUGACCCUGAAAGCCUCCACCGUCUGUCAAACACAUUCAUCGGGCUCUUGGGCCUCAGACACCAAAUACAGGCUACCUCUGCAGUAAAACAAAAACUGAAAAGGCUCUACUUCACUGAGAGCCUCAGCUAUCUUCUUGAUAUGACAAGAAUAUCACUGCGAGACACUUAUGAUUUCGAGGCUUGCUGGGUGGUGUCUAAUUCCUGUGAGCAGCAAAACAAAAUGGAGUCAACAACCUCUAACUGGAUCUCAACAAAAAGGAGCAGGAUCUAUUACAUCCUCCUUUGUUGUGGAAUAAGCCGGCCUAUACUGACGCUGUGCAUCACAGGCAGCGGCAGCAAGAUGAAAACAUUCACUUCUUCAAAUCUGUCGGAGUGGUUGAUCAGCUUUACCAGAAAGGCGCAGUCACAGGGAGAUGUGAUUUUCCUUCUACUGAAGGAGCAAAAUGGACUUAUCAGCUCUGGAUCGGACACGAAUGACGCCACAAAUGAUCGUUAUCCAACAAGCCUUACCCUAGGGUUGUCUACACUGUGUGUGGUCCUGUUUUGGACGUUUCUGCCUCAUAUUGCGGUUUGUGCUGCAGUCUGUUUAGGUUGGAGAGUACGGCAGCAGAUCCGCCACUGUGGUAAAGAUGCUUGAAAUAGAGAUUUUAAAUGUGGCCCACUUUAUUCUUUGAGUGGCAGUUGGUCUGUUUUUGAGUCUUAUUUGGGAGACGGAUGAAGGAACACAGCAGAAUAAAAUGAUUGUCCUGGAUGUCUUGAGAACAAUAAAUGCUGGAUGACUCAG